AUGAACCCCAAUUACCCAUUUGAAAGAUCUCGUUCGAACAAACACAAAAUCAGGGAAUCUCACUGUCCCACUAAGCACACCCAACAGACAGGAUCGAUAAGCAACAUCUUGGCAAGCGAGAGGAACAAAAAGAGCACUGGAAUUGGGAACCAAAAUUCGGCACCGAAAGCUUUAGGAAUGACCAGAUUAAGUUCUUCCGACUCGACUAAAGAAGUGCUAACCAAAUCGAUAACUAUGUCAGACACAGAGCCAAAAACAUCGACAGUUUCAAGCAAGAAGUCCUCCCAAUCCCUUAUCCAAGUCUGCCCAAUUUGUAGUCGCUUUUAUGGGUUAGCAUCGAUCGACAUACACAUGAGAGCAUGUCAGCUCGCCGAUGAACUGCACCGCAGACAACUGGAAGCCAAACAGGCCUGGGACAAUAAACUCGUACGAAGACCAAGUCACCCCCCGGGAACUUUGUGCCAUAUUUGUGGUCGUCGAUACACCCACGCAUCGUUGAGUCUUCACACUCCCCGGUGCUUGAAACAAUGGAUUCAGUGGAACAAAAUGUUACCGAAACGGAAGCAACACCGACAGAUUCCAAUCACACCAACACCGACGAGUGAAGAACUUCAGGAAAGAGUUGAAAAAGCGCAUCGGAAUGGGUUGACCUACUACGCACUUGCUGACGCUCUGGACGAGGUUAUGCUGGAAGCAAGUUUGAGAAAUAAGCUCCCAGUGGAACUGAUACAUACAAAAUGA